CAUUUUCCCCUUGUUUCAUCAGAUGAAUAGACAAAUUGAUGUGUAAACUGUAAUUUGUAACAUAUUGCAUAAUAACAUUUUUAGUUAAUCUUUGAUAGACAUUAAAAUCGAGUAAAAAAAUAUAAUUUCUGCAUAUUAUUUUAAAAUAUCUGUUUGUGACUUAUCUAUUUUUAGAGAGCAAGAAUAACCGUCAUCAUUCGAAAUGAUGUAUCUACACAUUGUAAUAUUGGCUUUGACCUUUGCUUCUACAACAGCGCUUCCACUUCAUCACGAUAGCAGCCAAGAAGCAUCAUGGAGUUUACAGAAAGACAACCAAGCCACUGACAAGAAAGAUUUCGCCAAAGAACCAAAUGGAAUGUGGAAGAACCAUGUGGUAAGCAGUGACCUUUACUCCCAGGACUCCUCCAACCCCAUGGCUGCUGAGCUCAGGUAUAAACUGAGCAUGGAGUCCGAAAGAUUACGAGCCCUUCUGAAGCAGGAGCUCGCCGAGCUGAGACAGAGGCUUUCUCCUUACCCCAGCCACCCGAAACACACCUUGGCCAACGUCAGAGAGUUCCUAGCUCCAUUCACAAAGCAGCUCCAGACCGCCCUCCAGUCAAACACCCAAGAACUCUGUGAUAAACUCAAUCUGAACCUCCAGGACCUUAACCCAGAUGAAGCUGCACUCUACCAGGAGGUCGUGCAGAGGAUCACCCUUGCACUGGAUGAAAGCCACCAGAAGAGGACAGCAGCCUUUGAGAACUUUAAGACGAAGGCCUUUGAAGCUGUGGAGGAGCAAGGAGACAGCAGCGGAAAGGAACUCUGGGAGGAAGUGACGGCCAGACUGGGACAGGAAGUGUGUACCUUCAGUUUGGAUAUACAAGGCAAGGUGGCCGCGCUGAAGAUAGCUCUGGCUGGCCACCUCACCUCGGCACAGCCUCCAAGAGAUGUGAUGACUUCAAAAGUGGACCAGUUCUGUCAGAUUUCAUCUGUUCAUAAUCAGCAGUUCAUUUCUAAUUUAGACCAACAUAUAAUCACUCUACAAGAAAAUGUGGGUAAUGGUGAGCCGUCUGCUUUUCAUCAGACAAACAUAGAAUCCAUACAGGAGGAUUUCUCAAGUAGACUUUCUGCACUGUUACAGGACAUCGUGCACACCCUAAAUUAAACUCUCCAGUUCAUUCAGAAAUGCAACGGUAAUGUAAAUAGCAUGUUAUACAAUGUUUGGAUGUACACUGUGAACUGUAACUUAUGUAGAGCACUAUCUUUGUUUGUACAGUUUUCAAAGAAAACCUUAUGUUAAAGGAUGGAAAUGACAUGAAGGGAAAUCAAUUGUUCAAUGAGGUGAAAGAGAAAAUGGAGAAUCUUUUAUUUACUGCAUGUUUAUUGAGAAUGUUUUGUGUUAUAUGUUUUCAUAUGUAUACUGUAUAUAUAAGCAUGUUAAUAAAGAUUUAUUUGUAGAUAUUAAAAAUGAA